AUGUCCACUUCUCCCACAACGGCCUCCGAGGAGAGGCCACAGCGGGGCCGGUUACGCCUUGGCCGUCUCUUCAGAGGCAACUCCGAUUCCGAACUGGAAAAGUCGGGGCUAUCAAAAUGGUCUAUGGGCAUGUUGAACGACAGAGAGACCGUGGAGGUGCCGGGCUCCGUCUUGUUGCUUGCUAGUGAUCGCAACGAGCCGCUCGGACUGCGCAAUGUCCAUGCUCGUACCUCUCACUCCUCUAUCCCGGCCGGGUUUGCCGUCGAGACUCCCAUGACCCCUGGCGGCACUCGGCCGCUGCCGCAUUCGCCGUCUGCUGGCCUUGAGAAGCCAGUGGUUGAGCCCCCGAGCAAGAAGAAGACAGACGAUGGUAAGAUCAUACUGGAUCCGCAGCCAGAAGAUUCGGCCAACGAUCCUCUGAAUUGGCCCACCUGGCGGCGCGAUUGUGCUCUUCUAUUCCUGGGCUACUACUGCAUGAUUGGAGGCGGUAUGACGCCCGUCAUCGCUGCAGGGUUUACUAAUGUUGCCCACGACUUCAACGUCUCGGUCGAGCGAGUUCCGCUGACCACAGGACUAUACAUGAUGGGCUUGGGCGUGGGUUCUGUCAUUGCGUCUCCCACAGCCAUUCUCUUUGGAAAGCGGCCAGUGUACCUGACUGGCAUGAUUUUGCUCAUUAGCACCAGCAUCUGGGCCGGAUACGCUUCUAGCUUUUCUUCUCUAAUAGCCGCCAGAGUCAUUCAGGGCAUCGCUGUUUCGCCGGUAGAGUGUCUGCCAUCCGCCACCAUUGCCGAAAUCUUUUUCCUGCAUGAGCGCGCAUAUCGCAUUGGAAUAUAUACGCUUUUACUCCUGGGAGGCAAGAAUCUGGUCCCUUUAGUCAGUGCCGCCAUCAUUGGCCGCUUUGGCUGGCGCUGGGUUUUCUUUAUUGUUGCAAUGUUGGUGGGGCUAGGAUUUGUACUGGUGUUUCUCUUCGUCCCGGAGAGCUUCUGGGAUAGAACGCCAACUCGGCAAAUGCAUGUAUCAAAGCGGCCGAGCUUCCUUCGACGACUAUCUUCCCGCCCAGGCCAUAGAUCCGCAAAAGUAACCAGCCCUCGCGGUAAAUCGCCGGAACCCUCGCAAUCUCCAGGAGUCAUUGAUCGCCGCAGAAGCAUUCGCGUACACGUCGGGUUUUCACCAGAUGUAGAGCGGCAAGACCCGUUGGAUGAUGCUCAGCAGUCAUCCCCACGACCCGAGAGUCCUCAGGUUGGAUUUGCCGGCCCGUCUUCUGAUCACAAGGAAGAGGGUGGCGACCUGGGAAAGCCUCUUCGCCAGGCUCCACCAAUAACCUCUCCACGACCGAGCCUCGCUCCUGACCGUGGCCGAAGUAUGACUGCGGCGUCUCCUGCUCGUAGCACAGCCGAGAGCAUGGUCAUUACUGAGUAUUACUCAACAGCACCCAAUCUCGAUCGCGAUCGCUUCCCUUCCUGGAAACUCAAGGCCCCCCCUAAAAUCAAGGCUUACACGCACAACCUACGACACAAGCCUGCUCAAACCUUUAUCCAGCAGCUCAAGCCCUAUCAUGGCCGGCUCAACAACGACAAUUGGUUCAAGGUCAUGGUCAGACCAUUCAUCCUAUUUGCCUAUCCCGCAGUGCUUUGGUCUGCAGCCAUCUACGCGUGCUCUAUCGGCUGGCUAAUUGUGAUUUCUGAAAACUUGGCCGUCAUCUACCGGAAUCCAAGCGGAUAUAACUUUACGGCUCUUCAAGCCGGCCUCGUCUACGUAUCACCUUUUGUUGGCGGCAUCCUUGGUACCGGCGUGGCGGGCAAAAUCAGUGACAUCGUUGUGAGGGCCAUGGCGCGCCGCAACGGGGGCAUGUACGAGCCGGAAUUUCGCCUCGUCAUGGCUGCGCCCAUCUUGCUGACGACCUGUAUUGGCCUCAUAGGCUUCGGAUGGUCGGCACAAGCAAAGGAUAGUUGGAUCGUCCCAACAAUUUUCUUCGGCAUCACGUCCUUUGGUUGCUCCCUCGGCUCCACUACAUCCAUUACUUUUUGCGUCGAUAGCUACCGCCAAUACGCCGGUGAGGCGCUUGUCACCCUCAACUUUUCGAAAAACAUCUUCCACGGCUUGGUUUUCAGCUUGUUUAUUUCGCAGUGGCUUGCAGACGAUGGUUCGAGAAACGUCUACAUCUGGCUAGGUAUCAUCCAGCUCAUCUUUUGCCUGAUGGCGAUUCCCAUGUACAUCUUUGGUAAGAGGGCUCGCAUGUGGACCGCGAGGAUGAACCUUAUGGAAAGAUUCUAG